AUGGCUCUUCUCAGGCCAUCACUGGCGUCUCUGGCGACGAUAUGGCUGAUCCUCGUCUCAAACUUGAUCUCGUCGACUGCCGCCGCCAAUUAUCCCCUGACGAACGACUCGAGGUGCGACUGCUAUAUGACGAAUGGCUCAGACACGGCCAAUUUCACUCGUCAUGCAUUCUUUGACUUCCGCGAGCUUGAACAGUACCAGGGCACUCCGGCGCUCUUGGGAGGUUUCCAAGAGGCCUCCACCGCCAUGACGACCAGCGACUUCUUCCUGUCGGAACAGUGGGCGUCCAUGUGGGAGAUUCAGACGUGGACGAACAUCGGCACCGCCAACACGACGAUGAGGAGGGUCAACUCGCGCAACAACGUCUACAUCGAGCAGAACACGGACGAGAGGCCCUCCUCCAAGACGUGGCUGUCGCUGCGCACGGCCCGGCAGGCCGACUUCCAGUCGACGGCCGAGAUCGUGUCGAGGAACAAGACCUACCAGUACAUCUCGAUGAGGAUGCUCGCGCGCACGGUGGGCAGCCCCGGCGGCUGCACGGCCAUGUUCACCUACCACGCCGACGACCAGAACCGCGUGCAGGAGGUGGACCUCGAGGUCCUCACCAAGUACCCCAAGGAUCAGGUCCAGUGCACCAACCAGCCGGCGCUCGACGCCAACGGCGACCUGAUCCCCGAGGCCACAGCCAACGUCACCUUGCCCAACGGACUCCACUGGACGGACUGGGCCGUCUACCGGCUCGACUGGACGCCCAAGCAGAGCACCUGGUACGUCAAUGGCGAGCAGCUCACCAACAUCUCGUUCCAGACACCCCACGAGGCGAGCAGGAUCCACCUCAAUGCCUGGAGCGACGCGGGCAACUGGACGGGCAAGAUGGAUGUCAACACCGAAGCCCACCUGCAGGUCCAGUGGUGGGAGAUUUUGUUCAACUCAACCAGUCCCGAUAUGCAGAGGCAGAGCUGCAGGAGGCUCUGCAGUGUCGACGAGACCCCAGUCACGGGCCAGCCAGUCAAGAUCAGCCAGGGUUCAAGGUUGGUAAACCGGAGUGCGACUCUAGGAACACUCGUUAAUUGGAUUCCAGGGCUUGUCGUGCUCGCCCUCCUCGUGGUGUGA